AUGGUGGACCAGGAGGAGCUGCAGGAGAGGCUGAAGAAGCUCGUGGUGAGGCUGAAGAGCCCGCAGGAGGACCGGCAGCUGUGCACCCUGAUCCAGAUCAUCCAGGAUCUGCUCCUCCUGGCGCACGCAGACCACGCAGCUGACCUGUUUGAAGACAAAGAUGUCCACGUCCCUCUCAUUGCAGUGCUGUCGUCCCACAGGAACAGCAGAGGAGUACAGCAGGUGGGCUGGUCGUUACUGUGUCGGCUGAUGGAAGUAUGCCCUGCUACUCUGGACCAGCUGACUCCCCCGCUGCAGGCAGCCAAUGAGUGGGUGGUACUGGGAGUGCACCAUCAGAUCCUGAAGGUGCUGUGUCACUACAGCGCAGACUGCAGGGUGACUGUGGUGGGACUACGAGCCCUGGCGCUGCUGCUCCGUUCAGAUAUAAUUGCCCUUCUGGUGCUGGAGGAGGAAGAGGAUGUGUUCGGCCUGGUGGUGCAGGCGAUGAAGAUGUUUCCUACUAAUGAAGAAGUGCAUCUCCAAGGCUGCAGAGCUCUGCAAGUCCUCCUGCAGAGAGUGAGUGACGACCACCUGGUGGAGUUUGUGGAGAUCCAGGACCACUUUGUGAUCUUGGCUGCUCUACAGAUGUUCCCCGACAGUCCCGAGCUGCUGCUGCAGGCCAUGAAAGUGCUGCUCCCACUGGCUCGUCCUGCCAGUAACGUGGAGAUGUUGAUGUCGGGAGGCGCUCGGUGCUACAGCUCGAUCAUCGCUGCCAUGGACGCCUUCCCUGAGGUGGAGGAGCUGCAGGAGACGGCCUGCUGCCUCUUCAGGAAGUUUACAUCAGAGAGCUACUACAACAUCCUGGUGCUGAACGGCGUCCAGAGGGUUGCAGUGAGAGCCUGUCAGACUUUCCCCAACAACGCCACGCUGCAGGCGGCCGCUCUCUCCUGCCUGGCUGACCUCACUGCGACCAUCGUGCAGAACAAAGCGGUGGCCGAGCAGGGUCUGGAGAAAGGAGAGGAGGAGGAGAACAGGGGUAAAGAGGAGGUAGAGGACAUGGGCCUGGGCUGGAUGGAGGUCUGCUGUAUGGCACUUGAGCUCCACGCCGCCGAGCCGGCAGUUCAGGAAGCUGCAAGCUGGGCCAUCCACAAUCUGUUACUGCACGGUGCUGGAGUGAGCCAGUCAGAGGAGGACCAGGAAGAGAGGACUCCUGUUCACAGACAGCUAAUGGUGGCCAUGCUGCUCCACUCCUCCUCUCCCAGCGUGUUUAAAGCUGCUACUAGUGCCAUUGCCAUGCUCAUUACUCACAACAGUAAAAUGUGUUCUCUGCUGCUGUCCAGUGGCCUCCAUGUCAACCUGGUAGAGAUGAUGAAGAGACAUGUAACCUCAGAGGAGGUUUCCAUCAGCGCCUGCAAGCUGCUCAAUCUGCUCUUCCAGGGAAGGAUAGCCAGUCUGGAUGAGUUGAACAUGGCCAUGAGUCAGAUCCUCAGCACCAUGAAGGUCCACAACUUCCAGCCGGAGGUUCAGCUGGAGGCUCUGCAGGCCAGCCUGGUCUUCCUCUGCCCAGAGAGGAGUCUACGGGAGCACGGCGUCUCUGUCGCAGACCCGGACAUGGCCGACGUGUCGCUGAAAGUCCUGAAGAACCAGUGUGUGGUGGAAGGAGCUCACACGCUCUACCUGGAGGUUCUGAACAGGUUCAUCAGCAGCUCCAACAUACAGAGGUGCGGUUUGAAGGUGCUGUCCGCCCUGGCUGACUGCUCUGGUGCAGUGGACUUGCUUUGCCAGCAGGGGGCCAUAGACACUGUGCUACAUACACUACAGAUGUUCCCACGGGAACGAGAGAUACACUACUGGGGUCUGGCCCUGCUCGGCUGCCUCGUAUCCAAAAAGAAGCUGUCAAGGAUGAUCGUGCCCGUUCUGGCCUCUGUUGUGGUCGUCUCCCUCAUCCAGUAUAGCGGCGACUCUGAGAUGCUCCUGAAGUGUUUCCAGGUGGCGUUGAGGAUGCUGGAUGCAUGUUCGGGAGCAGCUGCUGAGCUGCAGAGAGAAGACUUCGACAGGCAGAUCUUCCAGCAGCUCAGAGAGGAGACCCCCGACCAGAGCAACAGCCCUCUGCGGAAGUCAGUGUGUCUGGCCCUGUCCAAGAUGUGGUGCGACCCGGAGCUACACUACAGCAUGCUGGAAAAGGCCUGCAGGGAUGGAGACACGAUGAUGGCUGAGUGUCUGAUCGAGCUGGGCGCCGACGUCAACCAGAAGACGAAGAAAGAGUCUCUCAUCUACCAGGUGUGUGAGCUAGGCGGACCUCUCGAGCUGGUGGAGCUCCUGAUCAGCCGAGGUGCACACGAGCAGCACCUCCGCAAGGCUCUGGCUGUGAGUGUGAAGCUGUGUGAUGGGCCCACAGUCAUUCAGCUGCUGGGCCGUCUGGGUCUGGACCUCAACAACAGUGCCCUGUGUCUGGGGGGCUUCAAACUCGGUCGCAUGGAUCCCAACUGGCUCGGCCCCUUGUUUGCCGAAAGAGGAAGAACGCAAAGUCUCCGCUAUGGUAACGGUAAAGGCAUGAGUUUAGCCAGGUACAUUCAAUCUAUCCAGAGGUCCAAGAGCAUCAGUGGUCCUUCCAGGUCAUUGGCCGACUCCUGUCUGACCUCUGGCUACAUUUCUGACGAGAGUGACGACUCUCUCUUAAGCUGUUUCUCCAUGGAGGACAGCCUGAUUUUCAACGACGACAUGGAAAGUGACGGGAGUGAUUCAUUGUCGGGGGCUCUGUUUCCCAAACCACAUAAUAAUUCAUCAGAGGAGCUGAAGAUGGGGUCCUUCAGUAGAAAGCAGAGGCGUCACAGACAUGCCAGUGCAGAGAGUGGUCAGACUGAGAGUGAACACUGUGAACCUGUACACAGGCGAUAUGUGAGGAAUGGCUCCACCCCAAAAUCACUGGGGUCUGUGGAGAACUCUGCUCUGUUCAGAGAGAGGGAGAGGAUCCGCCUGCUCGACCUGUCCGGGAAUGAGUUGGACUCUCUGUCUUGUCUGAUGGACAGCGGCUUGGUGCAGGAGCAGCUGGGGCAUCUCCUCCGCCUCGACCUGGGCCACAACAGUCUGCUAGAGUUUCCUUCAGCUCUUUGCCAGAGUUUGAACAGUUUGACGCGACUGGACCUGCAGGGCAACCAGCUCCAGUCACUACCCUCGGAGCUGCUGUCUCUGCCGUCGCUUGGCACGCUGAACGUCUCUCGUAACUGUGUGGGUCCCCUUCUGACCUUUGACCCUGCAGCCAUCUGUCCGUCACUGCGGCAGCUUAACCUUUCUUUCAACAAAAUCACUGCAUUUCCUCACGAGCUGGGCCGUGCCAUGGAUCACCUGGAGGAGCUGCUUCUAGAAGGGAACAAUAUAACUGAGCUGUGCACGCCACUGUACCUGUCGGAGAUCAAGUUGCUGGAUGUGAGCAAGAACAGUGUGGAGAAUAUUUCUCCAGACUUUCUGACAGGCUGCCCCAAGCUGGAAACAUUCAAUGCCGCUAUGAACAAAAUCUGUUGCCUCUCGAAUCUGCCGUCCAAGAUCAUGACAUUAAAACUAGCAAACAACAACUUCACUUGUGUUUCUGAGGCUAUACUUGAUCUUCCAAACUUAAGGUCUGUGGACAUGAGAACCAACCACAUCGCCGUUCUUCCCGGCCCGGGAUUCUGGGCAUCCAGCAAUCUCAGAGAGCUGAUGUUCAGUCAGAACUGUAUCGCAGCUCUGGAUCUGAACGGGCCAACCUCCAAAUGGAUCAGACUGGAGAAACUUCACCUGAGUGACAACAACCUCAGUGAGAUUCCUCCACAGGUUGGCCUCCUGGAAGGCCUGACCUCCCUGGAUGUGAGCCGUAACAUUAACCUGCGGUACUUCCCGGAUGAGAUGGGGAAACUAAGCAGACUGUGGGACCUGCCACUGGAUGGUCUUCGGCUCCUGCUGGACCUUAAACUAAUUGGCAACAAGACAAAAGACAUAGUCAGGUUCCUGCAGCAGCGGCUGAAGAAGGCAGUGCCUUACUAUCGGAUGAAGCUCAUCGUGGUGGGGAAUGCCGGCAGCGGGAAGACCACCCUCAUUCAGCAGUUGAUGAAGCUGAAGCGCUGCCAGUCGAACUCAAAAAGGACCACCGUUGAUAUCAGGGACUGGGUCAUCGGCGAACGAGACAAGAAGAAGAUGGUGAUGAAUGUCUGGGACUUUUCAGGUGGAGAGGAGUUCAGUGGCGCUCACCCUCACUUCCUGACCUCCAGAGCUAUUUACCUGGUGGUUUACAACCUCAGCAAAGGAGCUGGUCAGGUGGACACCCUCAAACCAUGGCUCUUCAACAUCAAAGCAGUGGCUCCGCUCUCCCCGGUCAUCCUGGUGGGGACACACACAGAUGUGAGCGACGAGCAGCAGCUUCAUGACUGCCUGACCAAGAUCAGAAAGGAGUUGCUGAACCACCAGGGUUUCCCAACCAUCAAGGAUUAUCAUAUGGUCUCCGUCUGCGAGGACUCGGACUCCAUUGCCAAACUCCGGAAGGCCAUCGUUAGAGAGGUCACCAGCUUCAAGAUCCAGGGCCAGCCUGUGAUGGGACAGCCGGUUCCAGACAGCUAUGUUGAGCUGGAACGCCGCAUUCUCCUGGAGCGGACCAGGGUUCCCCCAGAGUUCCCUGUCCUCAGGCGCCUGGAGCUGCUGCAGCUCAUCCAGGAGAGUCAGCUGCAACUGGAGGAAGCUGAAAUGCCCCACGCCGUCCACUUCUUGAGUGAAGCAGGGGUUUUACUGCACUUUGACGAUCCAGCACUUCAACUCCAAGAGCUCUACUUUAUCGACCCACAGUGGCUCUGCAACAUCAUCUCCCAGAAACUGACAUUUAAGAGUUGUGGCUUCUGGGAGCAGCCUAAAGGAACUGUUCAGCGCUCGGUGGUCGAAAAGUUCCUGAUUGAGACCAAAUGUUUCCCCAAGAGUCACCUGAUGCAGUUCUUCAAGCUGCUGGAGAAGUUCCAGAUCGCGCUGCCGUUCGGAGAGGACCAGCUGCUGGUACCCAACAAUUUGUCCAAACACAGGCCGGUCAUAGAGCUACCUCACAGUGAGAACUCAGAGGUCAUUGUGCGUCUUUAUGAGAUGCCGUAUUUCCCUAUGGAUUACUGGUCUCGACUCAUCAGCCGCCUACUGGAUGUUUCUUCUUACUUGCUCUGUGGAAGAGAUAAAGCUACGCGACCCAACCGGAUCUACUGGAGGAGAGGCGUUUACCUGAGCUGGUGCCCUGAGGCGUACUGUCUGGUGGAAGCUGCCUCAGAGGAGGGAAAUCCCUCCAGCUUCGUCAGAAUAACUGUGCCCUCUUCACGUAAAGGCCAUGUGUUGCUGGGUCAGGUGGUGGAUCACAUCGACUCCCUGCUGGAAGAGUGGUUUCCUGGCCUGCUGAACAUGGACAUGCACGGCAGCGGUGAGGCUCUGCUGAAGAAGUGGGCUCUGUACAGCUUCGAUGACAGACAGGAGUGGAGCAAGAUCCUGCUGGAGGACCUCUUCACUUCCUUUGACAAUGAUUUUUUGCUGGUGAAUCCAGAGGACCCGUGGUGCACACUGCCCAUCUCUCAGAUCGCCCCUGACUUAGUACUAAGUGACCAGUCUGCAGCAACCAUGCUGGACACUGAAGAGCUGCAUGUGGAAUUGUCAAAGGAAAGCCAACUGGGGGACGGUGGCUUUGGAACAGUCUAUCGAGGUGUCUACAAAAAUGAGGAAGUAGCCGUGAAGAUAUUCAACAAGCAUGCAUCUGAGCUCUACAUCCACAGACUCCUCAGACAGGAAUUGGUGGUGUUGGGUCGCCUCCGUCACCCGAGCUUGGUCGGCCUGCUGGCAGCUGGUUCUGCCUCUCAGGUCCUGGUGAUGGAGUUGGCUCUGCAUGGCUCACUGGACUCCCUCUUUGAACAUAAGAAGAGCAGCCUCAACCAGAAGCUCCAGCACAGGAUCGCCCUGCAAGUGGCUGAUGGACUCAGGUACCUCCACUCAGCCAUGAUCAUCUAUCGGGAUCUGAAGCCCCACAACGUGCUUCUAUUCAACCUGAAGACCGACUGCGACAUCAUCGCCAAGAUCACAGACUACGGCAUCUCCCAGUACUGCUGCAGUAUGGGAGUGAGGAGCUCAGAGGGCACUCCAGGGUUCCGAGCACCGGAGGUCGCCCGGGGUAACGUGAUCUAUAACCAGCAGGCUGAUGUGUUCUCAUUCGGUCUGCUGCUCUACGACCUCCUGACCUGUGGCGAGCGCAUCUCUGAUGGGAUGAAGUUCCCCAGUGAGUUCGAUGAAGUGGCAGUGCAGGGGAAACUACCAGAUCCAGUGAAACACUAUGGCUGCUCACCGUGGCCGGGCUUCCAGGUGCUGAUGAAGGAAUGUCUGAGGCAAAGUCCACAGGAUCGACCCACUUCCACUCAGGUGUUUGACCGGCUGAAGUCAGGGGAGAUGCUGUGUCUGAUGAAGGAGCUGCUCGUUCCCAGUGCCUUCAACGCAGAGUGCCUCACAGUGAGCUCUGGCGGCAGCGACUGUCCCUUCAGCAGCCACACAGCCUGGCUGGGAGGGGGCAGCAGCACGCAGAGGGUGGGCUCCAUCACAGCUGUGGACAUGGACAGCAACACAGUCACUACUCAGGAGAUCGACACCAGUCCCGUCCUGUGUCUUGUGACAGUGCAAAUCCCAAACGAGGCCUGCGAUUGGCUGGUGGCCGGCACCCAGUCCGGCUCUUUGGUGGUCAUCAGCACUCUGGACCCGUCAGCUGGGCACCACCUGCAGAGUGUCCCGGACGCUGUCACCUCGCUCUACUUCCAUGUGCACCCCUGUCGAGCCCAAAGAAAGAAUUAUUUGCUGGUGGGGACAGCCAAUGGACUUCUCACUGUUUAUGAAGACUCUGUUCUCAAGAAGGAAAACGGGCAACCGGUGAAAACUGUCUGUGUGGGGAACGCUAGCACGCCUGUCAUGUGUCUGAGCCAAUCGGUGCAUCCCCUGGACAGCCGAGCGGUGUGGGCGGGCUGCGGCACCACGAUCCGCUCCUUCGCGGCCGACUAUGAUGUCUCCAAGACCAUAGAUACUCGACAGAGCCUCGUAUUCCAGCAGCAGCGGUCAUUGGGUGGUGAGGCUUGUGUAUCAAGAAUGGUUGUGGAUAAAUACGUAUACCUGAGCAAAGCUGGCUCCUCAACAGUUGAAGUUUGGGACAAGAGGAGUGAGAGGAUGGUGGACUCCAUCGACUGUGCUCAGAUCAUUAGACACGACUCUGGCAGGAAGGGCAGCAAGGCCGACCUGCCGGCUGAGGCAGCCCCCUCCCAGGCCACAGUGAAGUCCCUGCUGGUGCAGAGCGCUGCAGCUCUCUGGGUGGGCACUAGAGGGGGCCACCUGCUGCUGCUGGAGCUCUCCAAACACCAGACCCUGCAGGUCAUCGGCCCUCGCUGCGACUCCAUCCGCUGCAUAGCCUCCGCACUCAUAGCAACACUGAACUGGAAGAAUGUGGUGCUGGUUUUGGGCAGAAGACACCCACAAGGUAAAAGUCUGAGUGACGAGGAGGCGGUGCUGAUGGUGUGGAACGGCACGAUGCCGAAGGAGGUCAGAGACCUGAACAGACACUGCGAGAAGAGAGAGCUGGUCGCAGCCAGAAUGAGAGAGCAGCUUCAGCACCACUGAGCCCAGAGAAUUGCUGGUGGAAAAGGGAUCAUCUCUCCUGUGGAUCGUCGUGUCAGCAGUUCACAUUGACGGGGAGGGUUCACCUAAGGAGCUGAUUCGAUUUUUUAUUUAAGAUGAACACUAAUGAAAUAAUGUGCCACGUUUGCCCAGAUGGACAUUUUUCUAAAAGGGACACGGACGAUUUAUUUUGUGUUGCACCGCAGUCAUUCAGGACGACCUCCUGCUCCUCUAAAUGCAACUUGUUCAGCUGGAGGAUGAAACAGGAAAAAAGCCAAAGGAAAAAAAGCCUCUUUAAGUGUAUAUGUGAUUAUUUAUUAUCAUGUCUAUGUGAGCAGUGAGCUCAGUCACGCCACAUCAGACUUCUCAUAGUGCUGCCUGCUUUCUACGUUUUUUACUACGUUCCCUGAAGUCACUGUGUUCAUGAUGGUGUCAAACAGGGCUAAUUAAAUAAUA